AUGGCGGCCUACUCUACACAAGCGUCGCAUCAGCCUGCAUGGCUUCAGUCCUUGCUAGACAACACGAGGCCGGCUCCCAAGUUAUACGCCUGGAGCCCAGAGAACGUAGACAGCAGCAUCAGCGGCAAUGACAAUUCCAAACACUCCAAUUCGGAUGACUUGGACCGCCGCAUAUUCAUCCUCGGCGUUGGCAAUCUAGGUCGCCUCUAUGCAAGCUGCCUUUCCAUGCAAUCUCCUCGCCCCCCGAUUACUCUCGUUGUACACAGAAAAGAGCUUUUAUCCCAAUGGAUUCAGAGCCCCGGUCUCGAGAUUACCCGAUUAGGAAAGUUAUACAGCGGCAAGGAUGAAUUCCAGAUCGAGUGGUGGACUGAACAAGCACCCACUCAAGGCCCUGUUAGAGAAGUCGCUCAAGCGAGCAAAAUUCGCAACCUCAUCAUUGCGACCAAGGCUGCUGCAGCCAUGCCCGAAACUGAUAAACUACGAAGAUAUCUUGAUAGUACUAGCAGCUUGGCAUUUCUCCAAAACGGCAUGUCCAAACUAUGGCCGCCUCAUGGACAGGAAUACAUAGCGAAGAGGUAUCCCGAUAACAGCGGGCCCAACAUUUUGGCCUGUGUCACGAAUCAUGGCGUCUUAUCAGAGGGACCAUUUAAAAGCCUUCAUGCCUCGCCUGCGGAUACUGCUAUUGGACCUGUCUUGCUGAAUGACAACACUCCGUAUCCCGCACCGAGUGUAGCCUAUCUAACAGAAGCCAUCGCCACCGCUCCCGACCUCAACGCAAGAUCCGUAACAAGAGCCGAACUAUGGGUCUCACAGCUCCAAAAACUCGUCGUGAACUCUUCCAUAAACCCUCUCACUGCCAUUCUCCGGUGUAAAAAUGGCGUCCUCUUUGAGAAUCCAAAUGGCGUUAUAGCCAAAGUUAUCGACCGCCUCCUCUACGAAUCUGGUGCUGUCCUCCAAACUCUCAUCAAUCACCCCAGCAGCGCUCAAAUUCUCACUGAUUCCACGGAAAUCGAGGGUCAAUCGUUGGAUGUCUUGAGAGAGGAGCUUACUUUGCGCUUUUCGCAACCUCAGCUUCGUACGAUGCUUUAUAAGAUUGGGCAGAUUGUCAAGGAUAACACGAGUUCAAUGCUGCAGGAUGCCCGUGCAGGAAAAUCCACUGAAAUCCGGGAUUUUAAUGGAUGGCUGGUCGAGACGGCAGGUUUUCUUGGCAAAAAUAGCAGCGGUCAGCAGUCAGAUUUGGACGUCUCCUGUCAUCGGGCUUUGAUCGCACUGGUUGAGUCAGGCGCCGUUUUGGAUGAGUCGGAGUUAGCAAAGCAAUUGCUGUCGUGA